CACGCAUUUCUACAAACAGUUGGCAGGCAGUCGCAGAUUCAACUCCUCCGCUCUCCAAACUACACACAAUUUCCUUCCUUUCCCAUUAAAUCCGACAACCCAGAAUUCCAUUAUGCUCGCUUCUGCUUUUGUUUCUCCCAUUUUCGUCAAUAAGCGGUGAGUAGUUCUUAUUGUUCUCAUGUUUUCAUUGCGACGGGGGAACGUUUCCGGUUUCCUCCAUGGCUGUCGUAAAGCAUUCAGCUUGCAGCAGAAUUUCAGCUUAGUGAAUGUGAAAUUGAAAUGGGUUAAAGAUAGUGUCUUAGACAGGGUCGUUUCUGGCCAGGGCGAUCUGAAAGCUGCCUGCUUUCUCGUUUCCAUAAUAUCAUCUGCUCCCAGCCAUUCCCUCCCUGUUUACUCCCUCACCAAGCAUCGUGGCCAACUAGGUUUGCCUCUCGAUCUCAAGCUCUCAACUUUCCUUAGGAGAUACCCAACAAUAUUCCAUGAAUACCACAUUCUCGACAGUGGUGGAACUCGGGUUCCUUCCUUCCAAUUGACCCCUGAGGCAUUGGAUCUCCACCAGGAGGAGCAGAAUGCAAUUGAUCAAAAUCGAAACGAUCUUGUUGAGAGGCUCUGCAAGCUGCUCAUGCUCACGAAGGACAGGUCUCUUCCUUUCCAAACCAUUGACCAGCUGAAAUGGGACUUGGGGUUGCCUUACCAGUACCAUGAUUCCUUAGUAUUGCACCAUCCAUAUAAGUUCUGUUUGGUUCGCUUCCCUGAUGAUCGUGUAGGGUUGAAGCUCCGAUUCUGGGAUGAUCAACUUGCUAUAUCACAAUUGCAGAGGAAGGCUCCCCAAGAAGAGCUAGAACAUGGUUGCUUAAGGUUUCCAGUUGGGUUCACCAGAGGAUUCGGGUUAAAAAGAAAGAGCAUGGUUUGGUUAGAAGAGUGGCAGAAGCUUCCUUAUACUUCGCCUUAUGUUGAUCCAUCGAGCUUGGAUGUGAGGACAGAUGUGUCCGAGAAGAGGAUUGUGGGAGUCUUUCAUGAGCUGCUUCAUCUGACAUUGGAGAAGAAGACUGAGAGGAAGAAUGUCAGCAAUCUAAGGACAGCAUUGCGUUUGCCUCAGAAGUUUACUAAGGUGUUCGAGCGCCAUCCUGGUGUGUUUUACAUAUCGAAGAAGUGUGAUACUCAGACUGUUGUCCUUAGAGAAGGAUAUGAUCGUGGAGAGCUCCAGGAGAAGCAUGCUCUUGUUAGUGUCCGGGCGAAGUAUGCGAGGUUGAUGAAGAGAGGGUUUCUGGAGAGAAGUAUGGGGUUGCAUAGGAACAAUGAAGAGUCCGUGGAGGAAGAAGAGAUUAUAUGGGUGAGCAGCAUACAGGAAUGAAACUAGGACUUGGCAAAUUCUGUUGAUUGCAGCUACUAUUGCUAUGAGCAAAGAGGUUAAAUGCUUACAUAUCAGAUGUUGUUGUGUAGUUGAAUUAAGUUUCCGAUCUGUUUGAAAGAGGGAACCGAGUUCCCUUGACUGCUGCAAUAUCAUAGUUUCAUUUGACAGAACUGCUGUGCAGGCUUUUUCUGUAGUGUGUCAAUACAAUCAAUAAAAGGGAAGUUUCAGA